GGCAGUAUUGCAAGUAAAUUCAGUAGUCUUUAUAUUCAAUUAUUUCUUGUUGCCUAAUACAUAAAAACACAGAAUUUUAUAGUGUAGAUCAAGGAUAAACAGCACGUAGUUCUUUCUACCAAAUACUUCCUGCACUAGGAUUGGUCCAAACAGAAUUUGCAACAUUCUUUUAGCCAAUCCAAUUGUUUAAAAAGUCAUCCCCGAUCUUUCCCUCUAGUUCAUGCCUGUCAAAAAAAAUAAUCUCGGAUUAUGCAACAAUGAGUGAAUGUCAUUUUUUUUUAAAAUAACAAGAACAAGAAGAGGGACUUAUGCAAGAAGAAUUAGUAUGGCUUUAAUUUUUCUUUUUUUUGAUCCAGUAGUAGGUAGUUUGCUGUGUAACUUGGGUUUCGUCUUAGUAGAUGGAUCAAACUUUAUUUGGCUAGGUAGUAUAAAUGGGAGCGCGGGGGGAGGAGGAAAGUUGUACAGUUACAGCUUAUUUCAUGCACCUUUCAAAAUGAAAUACGUGGCAGAAAUCCAAUGGAAAGACAAUCAUGCCAUUUAAUUUUUUUUUUUUUUAUGAUUUAUUUAUUGUAUUGUAAAAUAUCCAUGGAUACUCCCUUUUGUUGAAUUAAGGAAUAGAAG